AAUGCUAUAAAAACUUUGUAAACUAAGAGGAAGAUUUUCUUUGUUAAAUUAUAACUUCAUAGCAAAUUUGUCACCUGAAGUAGAGGAGUUAAGGGGUCAUGUAGCAAAAUUUGCAAAUGAAGAGGUAGCUCCUUUAGCAGAUAAGGCUGAUGAAGAAGGUAAAUUUCCUCCUGAAUUAUGGAGAAAGAUGGGAGAUUUAGGAUUGUUAGGUGCUACAGUUGAUCGUAAGAAUUAUAAUAUUAAUAUUAUAGCUAGUUUUGGUGGAUCUGGUUUAAGUUAUUCCGCUCAUUGUAUGAUUUUAGAAGAGAUAAGUAGAGCAUCAGGAGGAAUAGGUUUAAGUUAUUCAGCUCAUAGUGCAUUGAUAGUAGCUUAACUUGAGAGACAUGGAAAUGAAUUUUAGAAAAAGAAAUAUCUUCCAAAAUUAUGUUCUGGAGAAUGGGUUGGAUCUUUAGCAAUGAGUGAACCUAAUGCUGGAUCAGAUGUAGUAUCAAUGAAAUCAAGAGCAUAAAAAGUAGGAGAUAAAUAUAUUUUGAAUGGAAGUAAGAUGUGGAUUACAAAUGGUCCAAUUUCUGAUAUUCUUAUAGUUUAUGCAAAAACAGAACCAGAAAAAAAAUAACAUGGAAUUACUGCAUUUAUUGUUGAAGCUUCAAUGAAAGGAUUUUCUAGAGGAAAGAAAUUAGAUAAAAUCGGAAUGAAAUGUUCUGAUACAGGACCUAUAUAUUUUGAUAAUGUUGAGAUUCCAGAAGAAAAUGUAUUAGGUGAAGUUAAUUAAGGAGUCUAUGUUUUAAUGAGUGGUCUAGAUUAUGAAAGAUUAGUGUUAGCAGCAGGUCCUGUAGGAUUGAUGUAAGCUGCUUUUGACAUUUCAAGAGAUUAUUGUAACACAAGAGAAUAAUUUGGUAAAAAGAUUGGUUAAUUUUAAAUGAUGUAAUCAAAAUUAGCAGAGAUGUACACAACUCUUCAAGCUAGUAGGGCUAUGUUAUAUAGUGUUGCUAGAGCUGUAGAUUAAGGAAAUAUUACAAAUACUGUAGAUAUUUAUUUAUAUCAUAGGAUUGUGCUGCUUUGAUUUAUUAUACUUCUGCAAAUGCUACUCAAGUUGGUUUGGAAGCAAUCUAAUGUUUAGGAGGCAAUGGAUAUACUAAAGAAUAUCCUGUUGGAAGAAUUAUGCUUGAUUCUAAACUUUAUGAAAUUGCUGCUGGAACUAAUGAAAUUAGAAAAUGGCUUAUUGGAAGAUAAUUAACAUAAUGAAUUUCAUAUUUCAGUAUUAAC